AUGGCGCUUACCAGCUGGAAAGCUUUCCCGUUCUUUGAGGUCUCCCAGAUUCCUGUGCCCGCAGACGAAGAUGGUUCAUAUGUCUUCGACAACGACGUUGUGUCACUCACCACCGGCGCGGAUUCCUUGUUCCUUGGGACUUCGGACGGUUCAGUGCGGGUUCUUUCCCGCGCCUUGAAGGUUGUUCGCAACUUUCGAGCUUCAGACGCCCACGAUGCUUCAAUCACCCACCUCCGUCAAGUUCCCAAUACUCCAUUCCUUGUGACCAUCUCAGAGAACCUCUCAUCCGAGCCCUCCUUGAAAGUCUGGGCGUUGGAUAAGAUCGAGAAAAAGACGGGAACCCCGAGAUGUCUUUGUACCAUCGCCGUGCAAAAUGGCAGGAGACAGUUUCCAGUAUCUGCAGUCGUGGUUCUGGACGACCUGACCCAGGUGGCCGUGGGAUUUGCCAAUGGGUCCGUCACCGUCAUUCGGGGCGACUUCAUCCACGAUCGUGGGACUAAACAGAGGACCGUCUUUGAAUCUGAAGACCCAAUCACGGGCUUGGAAGUCCGUCAAGGCGCGACGAAAGUCUUAUACAUUGCGAACACAGCCAAAAUCUGCAGCCUGGUCAUUUCCGGGAAAGGUCAAGGUCAACCCGUUCGCACCGUCGACAAUCGAGGCUGCAACGUCGGAUGCAUGACUCAAGACCAUGAGACUGGAGACAUGGUGAUUGCUCGAGAAGAUGCCAUCUACUACUAUGGCGUUAACGGCCGUGGUCCAAGCUAUGCCUUUGAGGGUCCGAAGAAACUCGUCAAGAUCUACAAAGAGUACGUUGGCGUUGUGUGUCCGCCGCGGGUGGCACAGGUAUCCAAGUCCAAAACUUUCCGCAGGCUGGGUGGCGAGGAGAUUGAGGAGCUGUUCAGCAACUCGUCCUUCACAUUGUUGGAUACUGAUCUGAAAUACCUUGCUCAUUCGGAGUCGUUGCCUGCUCCAGUCAAAGAGGUCUUUGUGGAAUGGAAUGAACUCUUUCUGCUGACCGUGGACGGAAAGCUUUAUAGAUACCAGGAGAAGACGCUGCAGCAGAAACUCGAGAUCCUGUACCAGCGGAACCUGUAUAUCUAUGCCAUUAACUUGGCACAAAAAUUGGGCGCGGACAAAGUCCAACAGAACAUCAUCUUCAGGAAGUAUGGCGACUAUCUGUAUCAGAAGGGUGACUACGAUACGGCAAUGCAGCAGUAUCUGAGAGCCAUCGACAACACUGAGCCAUCGCAAGUGAUCCGACGAUUUCUAGACACGCAGAGGAUUCAUAACUUGAUCGAUUAUCUCGAGGAACUACAUGAUCACGACCGAGCUACUGCCGACCACACGACCCUGCUGUUGAACUGCUACGCGAAACUAAAGGACACAGACAAACUGGACGCUUUCAUCCGCACCCCAGGAACGGCGAAAUUUGACGUCGAAACGGCCAUUGCCAUGUGUCGACAAGGCGGAUAUUUCGACCAGGCGGCUUACCUUGCGACCAAGCAUGGCGAGAAUGAAUUGGUUAUCGACAUAUUGGUGGAAGACUCGAAGAAGUACGCGGAAGCCUUGCAGUACAUCUGGCGUUUGGAACCGGAUGCAGCGUAUCCUGUGUUGAUGAAAUAUGCCCGCAGUCUCCUUGAACAUUGCCCCGAAGAGACAACGAAGCUGUUUGUCGAAUACUACACCGGGAAAUAUACACCCAAGAAGGAUGUCCCGGCAGUGGCUGAUGUCCAGGCUCAGACAGGUGGUGGUGCAUUUCAAAGUCUCUCAGCUCUUUGGAGCCUACCGUUCAUGAACCGGUCGAGUAAUACUGAUGCAGCACCCGCCUCGAAUGAAAAGCCUGAGCCCGACGAACCCGACUCUCAUGGCGAGGUCGAGACGACGCCAACGUACACCAAACCAAGUCCGCGCAGCGCCUUCUCCUCCUUCCUCGCUCAUCCUUCACAAUUCAUUACCUUCCUAGAGGCGCUGAUCCUGCAGGAAAAUCUCUCAAAAGAAGAUAGAUCCGACCUGUCGACCACACUGUUUGAGAUGUACCUCGAGGCGGCAAACACUGCCACAGGCCCGGCAGAGAAGGAGAAAUGGCAAGUCAAAGCAACCAGCUUGAUUGCCGAAAACAAGACUGCAUCAUUAGAUUCGUCGACGAUCGAUACCUCGAAUGUCUUGCUUCUGUCAUCGCUCUCCAAGUUCCCGGCCGGCACGACAUUAGUACGGGAACGAGAAAAUCUGUAUGCCGACAUAUUCCGGUCUUUCACGUCCGCCAAAGACACGUCGGGCGCCAUAUCCGCACUCAGAAAGUACGGUUCCAAGGACGAGUCGCUCUAUCCGCUUGCACUUGGCUAUUUUUCUUCGUCUGAAGAAGUCCUCAAAGCCCCUGGGGUCAAGGAAGAACUCCAGUCAGUUCUCCGGAAGAUUGACCGGGAAAACCUCAUGGCCCCGCUCCAAGUGGUCAAAGUCCUGUCGCAGGGAGGCUCGGUGACGAUGGGGAUGGUCAAGGCGUAUCUUUCUGACAACAUCUCGCGCGAGCGCAAAGAGAUCCAAGCUAACCGACGACUGAUCGACUCUUACCGAACUGAAACCGCGUCGAAAAAGGCAGAACUGGCGGAUCUGGGCACGAAGCCGGUCGUGUUUCAGGCGCGACGGUGCUCUUCGUGCAAUCGGAACCUCACUUUACCCACGGUGCAUUUUAUGUGCAAGCACUCGUUCCAUCAAGAGUGCUUGAACAAACCGGGAAUUGGCAUGGAUGAAAAUGACACCAAGGUAGAGUGCCCACUUUGCAAACUCGGAAACGACACUAUUCGGGCGAUUCGGCGACAGCAGGUCGAAAGCACGGAGCAGCACGAAUUAUUCAAGGCGGCGUUGGCAAGAAGCAGCAAUCGAUUCGGGACAGUCAGCGAGUUCUUUGGGCGCGGAGUCAUGGGGACGGGGCCAGCUGCGGACUGA